ACCUCCAUUACGUUCCUCAUCUUACAGCAGCCUGGAUCAGUUUCCCUGAGCUGAGUAACAGCCAGCAGAGUUCAGAGCGCAGCCACGAUGGCGAAGUUCCUGACGCAGGAUCAGAUUAAUGAGUUUAAGGAGUGUUUCUCUCUGUACGACCGUCAGCGGAAGGGAAAGAUCGAAGCCCGGGAGCUGAUCAUAGUGAUGCGAUGCCUCGGGUCAAACCCCACCCCCUCCGAGGUCCAACGACACCUGCUGAGCCACGACAUAGAUCGGGCCGGAGAACUGGACUUCUCCACGUUCCUGAGCAUCAUGCACCGGCAGCUCCAGCAGGAGGCGCCGGAGGAGGAGAUCCUGGAGGCCAUGAGGAUGGCCGACAAGGAGCAGAAAGGCUUCAUUCUCGCCUCUGAGCUGCGGGCUAAGCUCACCGGGCUCGGAGAGAAACUGACUGAUAAAGAGGUGGACGAGCUGCUGAAGGAGGCGGGUGUUGGAGCUGACGGGCGGGUUCACUGCGAGCAGUUUGCUAAAGCGGUGACACACUGCUCUACGAAGCGCUGACGUCACAACCAUCAUACCAGCUGCUGCGGAGACAAAGGGACUCAAAACAGACACACUUCAAUUUUUAUGAACUGAAGCAAGUCACUUAUGUUUUGCUAGUUUACUAAUGUAAAAUAGUUUGAAUCUCCACAUUGUUCAAUCAUAGCUUAGCAACAGUCGGUUUGUUGAAUCAAUACUCAAAACAAAAACAGAAAAAUACUGAACAUGAAGAGUUUGGAGGGUCUUGUCUCUUUUUAGGGCUUUAUAAUAUCAAAAAUGGAAGAGUGAAAUAGUAAUGAAUGGCUUAAACAGUGUGUCUGAAAAUAAAAAUCUCAUUAAUUUUU